CUAGUUAGCCCUGUAAUCAGGAAGUAUGCAAAGUUUUGAAUCUUAGAAGGGAAAGUGAAAGCAAGAAUAAAUGAUCCUCCAUUUCAAUCUGCAGCAGCGUGGAUUAAGAUUAAAUCUAUCCAUUGAAACAUUGUUUGGAUCUUGGAUGAUAUAACUGGAGCCAAGUGUGAUGAAGAACUAUGAGAUUUAGCCUGAAUAUUAGCUUGUAUUCCAUAGAAUAGAGUUAAUAUUCCACUCUUCUGCAAUGAUUAAUUCACAGAGAAAACUGUUAUUUAAUAUUUACAUUGGAUUUUUCUGCCUAGAAGUCAUCCUGCCCAGGUUAUGCAUUUGUUCUCAGUUCUCAGUACCAUCUGAUUAUCAGUUCAGUGAGGACCCUGGGGCUUUCACAGUAGCCACCAAUGGGGAACCAUUUCCUUGGCAUCAGCUGAGGCUCCCCAAAAUGGUCAUUCCUCUCCACUAUGACCUUUUUGUCCACCCAAAUCUCACCUCUCUGGACUUUGUUGCAUCUGAGAGGAUUGAGAUUUUGGUCAAAGAUACUUCCCAAUUUAUCAUCUUGCACUGCAAAGAUCUUGAAAUCAUGAAUGCCACCCUUCAGUCAGAGGAAGAUUUAAGAGAUAAGAAACCAGGGAAAAAACUGCAUGUUUUGAGUUAUCCUGCUCAUGAACAAAUCGCACUGCUGGUUCCAGAAAAACUUGUGGCUGACCUGAGAUACUAUGUAGCUAUUGACUUUCAGGGCAAGUUAGCUGAUGGCUUUGAAGGGUUUUAUAAAAGCACAUACAGAACUCUUGGUGGUGAAACAAGAAUAAUUGCAGUAACAGAUUUUCAGCCAACCCAGGCACGUAUGGCUUUCCCUUGCUUUGAUGAACCACUGUUCAAAGCCAGCUUUUCAAUCAAGAUAAGAAGAGAGAGCAGACACAUUGCACUAUCCAACAUGCCAAAGGUUAAGACAAUUGAACUUGAAGGAGGCCUCUUGGAAGACCACUUUGCAGCUACUGUGAGAAUGAGUACAUACCUUGUAGCCUACAUAAUUUGUGAUUUCAACUCUGUGAGUGGUACAACCUCAUCAGGGGUCAAGGUGUCCAUCUAUGCAUCCCCGGACAAAUGGAAUCAAAUGCAUUAUGCUUUGCAAGCAUCACUGAAGCUACUUGAUUUUUAUGAAAAGUACUUUGAUAUCAACUAUCCACUCCCCAAACUGGAUUUAGUUGCUAUUCCUGACUUUGAGCCUGGAGCCAUGGAAAAUUGGGGCCUUAUUACAUAUAGAGAGACGUCAUUGCUCUUUGAUCCCAAGACCUCUUCUGUUUCUGAUAAGCUGUGGGUCACGAGAGUCAUAGCCCAUGAACUAGCACACCAGUGGUUUGGCAACCUGGUUACAAUGGAAUGGUGGAAUGAUAUUUGGCUUAAUGAGGGUUUUGCAAAAUACAUGGAACUUAUCUCUGUUAAUGCUACAUAUCCAGAACUGCAAUUUGAUGACUACUUUUUUGAUGUGUGUUAUGAAGUAAUCACAAGAGAUUCAUUGAAUUCAUCCCGUCCCAUCUCCAAACCAGCAGAAACUCCUACUCAAAUACAGGAAAUGUUUGAUGCAGUUUCUUAUAACAAGGGAGCUUGCAUUUUGAAUAUGCUCAAGGAUUUUCUGGGUGAGGAGAAAUUCCAGGAAGGUGUAAUUCACUACUUAAAGAAGUUCAGCUAUAAAAAUGCUAAGAAUGAUGACUUGUGGAGCAGUCUGUCAAAUAGUUGUUUAGAAGGUGAUUUUACAUCUGGUGGAAUUUGUUAUUCUGAUUUCCAGGUGAAAAGUGACACACUUGCCUUUCUGGAGGAAAAUAAGGAGGUUAAAGAGAUGAUGACUACAUGGACUCUCCAGAAAGGAAUCCCCCUGGUGGUGGUUAAACAAGAUGGGGGUUCACUCAGCCUACAACAGGAGCGCUUUCUGAAGGGAGUUUUCAAAGAGGACCCUGAAUGGAAGGCCCUGCAGGAAAGGUUCCUGUGGCACAUCCCACUGUCCUACUCCACCAGUUCCUCGAACAUGAUUCAUAGACACAUUCUAAAAUCAAAGACAGAUACUCUGGACUUAACUGAAAAAACCAAUUGGGUAAAAUUCAAUGUGGAUUCAAAUGGGUACUACCUCGUUCACUAUGAGGGCCAUGGAUGGGACCAACUGAUUUCUCAACUGAAUAAGAACCACACGCUUCUCAGACCCAAGGACAGAAUAGGUCUGAUUCAUGAUGCCUUUCAGCUGGUUAGUGCAGGAAGGUUGACCCUGGACAAAGCCCUUGACCUGACUCACUAUCUUCAACAUGAAACAAGCAGCCCUAUACUUCAUAAAGGUCUGAGUUAUUUAGAAUCAUUAUACCACAUGAUGGACAGAAGGAAUAUUUCAGAUGUCUCUGAAAACCUCAAGCGUUACCUUCUCUGGUAUUUUAAGGGAAUGAUUGACACACAAAGCUGGAGCGACGAGGGCUCAGCCUGGGACAGAAUGCUUCGUUCACUGCUCCUGAAGCUGGCCUGUGACCUGGGCCACGCUCCCUGCAUCCAGAAGGCCACUGAGCUCUUCUCUCAGUGGAUGGAAUCCAGUGGAAAGUUAAAUAUUCCAACAGAUGUUUUAAAGAUAGUAUAUUCUGUGGGUGCUCAGAAGACAGCAGGGUGGAAUUAUCUUUUGGAGCAAUAUGAACUGUCAGUGUCAAGUGCUGAGAAAAACAAAAUUCUGUAUGCAUUAUCAACGAGCAAGCAUCAGGAAAAAUUGGUGAAGUUAAUUGAACUGGGAAUGGAAGGAAAAGUUAUUAAGACACAGGACUUGGCAGCUCUCCUUCAUGCGAUUGCCAGAAAUCCAAUGGGUCAGCAGUUAGCCUGGAAUUUUGUAAGAUCAAAUUGGACUGAUCUCCUAAAAAAAUUUGAGUUGGGUUCAUUUGCCAUGAGAACCAUCAUUUCUAGUACAUCAUCUCUCUUUUCUUCCAAGGAUGAAUUGCAAGAGGUGAAACUAUUCUUUGAAUCUCUUAUGGUCCAAGGAUCACAUCUGGAUAUUUUUCAAAUUGUCCUGGAAACCAUAACCAAAAAUAUUAAAUGGCUGGAGAAAAAUGUUCCCACUUUGAGAACUUGGCUACUAGCUAAUAUUUAAAUGGUCAGCAGAAAGGGAACAGCAGACUCAGGCUUCCUUUGCAUGAAGUGAGAAAAAAAAGCUGCAAAGCUCAAGGCAGAGUUCUGGAUAUUUUGUCUAACCAGUGGGGAGUCUCAAAAAAUCAAACAAAGGGGAAUGA